AUGGCUGAUACCGAACAACACGAAGUCCAACCACAAGUGCCCAAUACGAUUGACCCCUCGUCGUCGUCUGAAAAGGGCACCGAGGAAAGGAGCAGCGAUAGCCCCGACGUUCCUGAUGGUGAAAAGGCCGGGGAGCUCCGCCCCGACGGCAAACGCGAACUGAAGGAGCAAGACUGCUACGAGAUACUCGCCUACUGCUGGCCGCGAUGGAAGAAAUGGAUGUACCUCGCUGCGAUCGCCGGCGUGCAGGUCUCGAUGAACUUCAACACCUCCGUCUUCCCCAACGCGGUCAAGCCUCUUUCCAAAGCAUGGGACAUUAGCGCGCAGCACGCCCGGACGGGCCAGAUGAUCUAUCUGGUCACCUACUCCAUUGGGUGCGAGCUGUGGGCGCCCUGGAGUGAGGAAUUUGGCCGGUGGCCCAUUCUCCAGCUCUCCAUGUUUCUGAUCAACAUCUGGCAAAUUCCUGCUGCCUUGGCGCCUAAUUGGGGCACGAUUCUCGUUGCCCGUGGACUGGGUGGUAUCUCGACUGCUGGUGGUAGUGUGACCCUGGGUCUCAUUGCCGAUCUCUACGAGCCCGAAACACAACAGUUCCCCCUUGCCUUUAUCGUCCUGUCGUCCUGCAUUGGAACCAGUAUCGGUGGUGUCAUCGGUGGUCCGAUCGAGCGAUUCCUCGACUGGCAAUGGUUCUUCUGGAUCCAGCUCAUUUUCGGCGCUGUCGUGCAGGCCAUCAUCUUCUUCAUGCCCGAGUCUCGAUCCACCAUCAUCAUGGACAAGGAGGCCAAGCGCCGCCGCAAGACGGGCGAAGACCCCAACAUCUACGGUCCCAACGAGCUGAAGUCGCCUCGGAUCUCGCUCAAGGAGGCUGGCAAGAUUUGGGUCCGACCCUUCUACAUGUUCUUCCGUGAACCCAUUGUGCUCUGCCUGUCUCUGCUGUCUGGAUUUUCCGACGCGCUGAUCUUCACCUUCUUGGAGAGUUUCGCGAUCGUGUACGAGCAAGGCUGGGGCUGGGGUGUUCUCGGCCAGGCGUGGGCGGUCAUUCCGAUCAACGUCGCAUACUUUAUUGCUUACUUUACUUACUUCCCCUGGUUCAUCCGGGAUGAAAAGCUGCGCCAGGUCCACGGCAACGACAACAUCCCGGCUGAACGCCGUCUGAAGUGGCUUCUGUUCCUGGCACCGCUCGAACCGAUCGGUCUGUUCGGCUUCGCCUGGACAUCCUUCGGCAACUCGCGCAACGUCCACUGGAUGGGGUCGUUUGUCUUCUCCACCUGCGUCGGAAUCGCCAACUAUGCCAUCUAUCUCUCGUCCGUCGAUUACAUGGUCGCGUCCUACGGUGUCUAUUCCGCCUCUGCCACCGGUGGUAACGCGUUCGCGCGUGACAUGCUCGCCGGUAUCGCAGCCAUGUACUCCACGCCCAUGUACGAGAACAUCGGCGACAAGUGGCACGUCGAAUACGCGAGUACCAUUCUGGCCUGUCUCUCCUGCCUCGUCGUCAUUCCCAUCUACGUGUUCUACUGGUAUGGACCGCAGAUUCGGGAGAGGAGCAAGUUCGCCCAGACCCUUGCUUCGGACAGAAAGGAGAACAACGGCCGUCGUGUUAGCAGGAUUUCUGCUGAGCCAUAA